AUGGGGAGCGCGGGCCCCUCCGUGCUUUUCUUGCUGCUGACCCUGUGCGGGCGCGGGGCCUGCCGCCUGGCCAAUGCUGAGGAGAAGCUCAUGGACGACCUUCUCAACAAAACCCGCUACAACAACCUGAUCCGCCCGGCCACCGGCUCCGGCCAGCUCAUCUCCAUCAAGCUGCAGCUCAUCCUGGCCCAACUCAUCAGCGUGAAUGAGCGAGAACAGAUCAUGACCACCAACGUUUGGUUGAAACAGGAAUGGACCGACCACCGCCUGGCAUGGAACAGCUCCCACUAUGAGGGCGUGAACAUUCUUAGGAUCCCGGCCAAGCGCGUCUGGCUGCCUGACAUCGUGCUUUACAACAACGCCGAUGGCACCUAUGAGGUCUCAUUCUACGCCAACGUAGUGGUCCGCUCCAAUGGCAGCAUCGCGUGGCUGCCCCCCGCCAUCUACAAGAGCGCCUGCAAGAUUGAGGUGAAGCACUUCCCCUUUGACCAGCAGAACUGCACCCUCAAGUUCCGCUCCUGGACCUAUGACCACACGGAGAUCGACAUGGUGCUUAAGUCGCCCAUGGCCAGCAUGGAUGAUUUCACUCCCAGUGGUGAGUGGGACAUCGUGGACCUCCCAGGGCGGAGGACUGUGAACCCCCAGGACCCCAGGUAUGUGGACAUUACCUAUGAUUUCAUCAUCAAGCGCAAGCCCCUCUUCUACACCAUCAACCUCAUCAUCCCCUGCGUGCUCAUCACCUCUCUGGCCAUCCUGGUCUUCUACCUGCCAUCCGACUGCGGCGAGAAGAUGACACUGUGCAUCUCCGUGCUGCUGGCGCUCACUGUCUUCCUGCUGCUCAUCUCCAAGAUAGUGCCGCCCACCUCCCUGGACGUGCCGCUCAUCGGCAAGUACCUCAUGUUCACCAUGGUGCUCGUCACCUUCUCCAUCAUCACGAGCGUCUGUGUGCUCAACGUGCACCACCGCUCCCCCAGCACGCACACCAUGGCGCCCUGGGUCAAGCGCUGCUUCCUCCACCAGCUGCCCACCUUCCUCUUCAUGAAGCGCCCCAACAGCAGUGCCGCUAAGGUUCCCCCACCCCUCCAGCCUUGCACGGUGGGGUCUGAGGCCACCACCAGCUCGGCCAUCGGAGCCCCCAGCUCUGCCCACCUCUAUGGGAAUUCCAUGUACUUCGUGAACCCAGCCUCUGCAGCCCCCAAAUCUCCACAGGGCUCCGAUUCAGAAGGGGUCCCCAAGGAUUUCCGGCUGAGGUCUUCAGGGAGGUUCCAGCAGCACGUGCAGGAGGCUCUUGAGGGUGUCAGCUUCAUCGCCCAGCACAUGCAAAGUGACGAUGAAGACCAGAGUGUUAUUGAGGAUUGGAAGUACGUGGCCCUGGUGGUCGACCGGCUGUUCCUGUGGGUGUUCGUGGUAGUGUGUGUGCUCGGCACCGUGGGGCUCUUCCUGCCCCCCCUCUUCCAGACCUACACACCUCCUGAGGGGCCCUAGGCUUCCGUGUGUGUCCUGCGGUCCCCAGGGUAUGGGGUGAGGUGAUGUGAGUGGGCAGGUGGGUAGUUUGCUGCUUCCUCUGGCCCAGGGUCAACGAAGUACUAAAUGAAUGAGACAGCAGCCACCAACCCCAUCAGACAUCCACGGGAGGAACAAACAUGGAGGA